GCUACUGCUUCUCGGCUUCGCAUUUCCACUCAUCGCAAUAACUAUAUAACCGGCGAGGGUUUUUAGAUUAGGGGCUUUCUUAGUGUUGACUGUUGCACGAUUGAUAUUCUACGUUUGAGAUUUUCCAUAUGAAACUGGUGACAGUAACUUGAGCCCAAACAAGUUCUAGAGAUCCAAAAGUUGAAGUGAUAGAGUAUACAUUUAAAAAUGGGGUGUUCUACAUCCAAGCUGGAUAGUCAGGAGGCGGUGCAACUUUGUAAAGAUAGGAAGAUGUUCAUUGAACAAGCGGUUGAGUAUAGGUUGCAGUUUGCUUUGGGUCAUGUUGCUUAUAUUGAGUCCAUGAGGAGAGUCUCUUCUGCUCUUCGCGGUUAUAUUGAAGGAGAAGAAUAUAGUGAGUUCUUAGUUGAUGCAUUCACAACCCCGGCUUUUACUCCAGUUAAGAAAAUAAACUCUGGCUUUAUCUCCAUAGCAUCCAAAUCGUUUACAAUGAAACCUUUGCAGUCUGAAAAGAAUUCUUCCGUGAAAGAGAAUUACUUUAAAUCAGGUGGGAGUUCUUCUAUUUCUGUGGAGGAGAAACCUCAAUCACACGAAAUACUCAGAGUGGAAGCAUAUUCCCCUGUGCAUCAGUCUGGGAUGGAUGGCUUCUUUGCCAUGCAUUCUGUGCCGAUAAGUUCUUCAUUUUAUCAAUCCUCUCCCAACAAUAUGCCCAAUUUCCCCUCACCUUCACCCCAAAAUAGCCAGUGGGAUUCUUUCUGGGACCCAUUUUCUUCACUAGAUUACUAUGGUUAUCCAGUGACAACCAGUCUUGAUCAGACGAUUUUGGAUGAUGGUAAUGGGAUAACCCAAGUUCAAAAGGAAGAAGCUGCCCCAGAUUUAGAAAAGCAUAUUGACAGUAGGGAAAGUUCAAAAGAAAAAAGUGCUCAAAUCCGUCAUAGCUUGAAUAAAGAUGAAGUUGUGGUUGAAGAUGUUAAUGAUGGAGAAAAAAUUGAUGAUAAAAUUGAUUCCCAUCACCUAGAGAAAGAAUUGCAACCCAAUGCCAAUCAUAAUACAGCUGUUGAAAAGACUCAAAAUGAUAGCCAACUUAGUAGCAAAGAGACCACAGUUGUUGAUUGUGAAGCAAAGAAGGAAAUUCCAGGAUUUACAGUAUAUGUCAAUACAAGACCAACAAGAAUGGCAGAAGCUAUUAAAGAUCUUGAAGCUCAGUUUCGGAUUGCUUGUAAUUCGGCUAAAGAGGUGUCAGCUAUGUUAGAGGCUACUGAGGCUCAGAAUCCAUCAAUUUUAAAUGAUCUUACACCAAUGAAAAUGUUGAAUCCAGUAGCCUUGUUCCGUUCUGGAUCUUCAAAAUCUCUGUCAUCUAAAUUUUUGGUAAAUCCAUCAAUUAUAGAAGAAAACAUUUACCAAAAUAGUAGUCAUCAAUCAACAUUGGACAGAUUACACCUCUGGGAGAAGAAACUUUACCAGGAAGUCAGAGCUGGUGAACGUGUAAGGCUAGCAUAUGAAAAGAAGUGUGCACAACUCAGAAAUCAAGAAGAGAACAAUGCCGACCAUCCUUCGAUAGAUAAAACAAGAGCAGCCAUUGGGAGUUUGCUUGCUCAGAUUAAAGUUUCUAUACAUUCAGUUGAAGCUAUUUCAAAAAGGAUUGAGACUUUGAGGGAUGAAGAACUGCAGCCUCAGCUUUUACAGUUGAUGCAAGGGUUAGGUAAAAUGUGGAAGGUGAUGGCAGAGUGCCAUCAGUUACAGAAAUGUAUACUGGAUGAAGCUAAGGUGCUACUCAGUUCUAGUUCGCCUUCAAAACAUUCUGCAGCCAAGAGUUACACCAAAGUGCCACCCUCGGAUCCACAACAACUGGGACGUUCAGCAGCUAACCUCGAGAUUGAGCUAAGAAACUGGCGUGCCUGUUUUGAGUCAUGGAUUGUUUCUCAACGUUCAUACUUGCACGCAUUAACGGGGUGGCUGUUAUGUUGUGUCCAUGCAAAUCCUAGUACAUCGAAGCUGCUACCGUUUUCUUCUUGUAUUUCCGUGGGAGCCCCACCAGUAUUCAGCAUUUGUAUCCAAUGGUCGAGGCUCCUGGACUCCAUCAAUGAAGUCCCAGUGCUAGACGGACUAGACUUCUUCAUGGCAGGGAUUGGUUCUUUAUCUGCACAACAGCUGAGAGAAGAUCCUCAUAGGAGUAAAGAAACUUCAAACACAGAGGUGGUUGAGGCCGGGAAACUUGUGAAGGAGGAAGCAUUGACAGCAGAAAAGAUUGGAGUGGUUUAUUCAGGAAUGUCAGCUUCUGUGAGUGCACUGACAGAGUUUGCCAUUGUUUCAGCAGAAGGAUAUGCUGAUCUGCUCAAGAACUGGGAGGACAAAAAGUGACAGCAGCUGCAAAUGGAUUGUGACUUUGCUUCGCAUAGGGUAAGCAUGGAUUAAUUGAAUGUAAAUUAUAUGUUGAUCAUUGUCUAAAGUGUUACUCAUAGAGAGAACUGGUUUCCUUGAUCAUCUUCUUACUAGUUAAUCAAUUUUUGUCCUUUAUAGUUAUAAAUAGCUUAUUGACAUAAAAUUGUCAU